AUGGCAUCUUCUUCAUCUUCUUCUGCUGCUGCUAGAUCGUCGCAGUUGACUGGAUCGAAGUACGAUGUCUUUCUAAGUUUUCGAGGCGAAGAUACUCUCAGAAAUUUCACAAGUUACUUGUACCAAGGUUUAAAAAACAAGGGAAUACUCACGUUUCUAGAUGAUAACAGGCUAGAGAAUGGUGAUUCCCUGUCGAAAGAACUAGUGAAAGCUAUAGAAGAGUCUCGAGUUGCUGUAAUCAUUUUCUCAAAAAAUUAUGCUACGAGGUGGUGUUUGAAUGAAUUAGUGAAGAUCAUGGAAUGCACGGAAAAAAAUGGACAAUUAGUCAUGCCAGUCUUCUAUGAUGUGGAACCAUCAGAUGUUCGGAAUCAAACGGGGAGCUUUGCAGAAGCCUUUGCCGAACACGAAAAGAUGUAUAAUAAUGAUAUUGAAGGAAUGCAGAAGGUGAAAGGAUGGAGAUCUGCUUUAACUGCUGCUGCAAAUAUAGUAGGAUAUUAUAUCCGUGAUGAGAUUGAAUCAAAAUAUAUUCCGGAUAUUGUUAAUAAAAUUUCAUCCUUAUUUUGCAACGCUUCUUUAAGAUCUUGUUUGCAAGAUAUUAUUGGAAUAGAUACUCAUCUGGAGAAUGUAAAAUCACUGCUAGAGAUGGAAAGUAAUGAUGUUCGGAUUGUGGGGAUCUGGGGAAUGGGGGGAGUCGGCAAAACGACAAUAGCAAGAGCUGUUUUUGAUACAUUCUCAUCUCAAUUUAAAGCUGCUUGUUUUCUCGAGGAUGUUAAAGAAAAUGCCAAAAAGAAUCAACUGCAUUAUUUACAAAAUACUCUUCUCUCUGAACUGUUAGGAGAGACAGAUGAUUACGUCAACAAUAAGAAAGAGGGGAAGUGCAUGAUUCCGAGCAGACUUUCUUCUAUGAAGGUGCUAAUUGUGCUUGAUGACAUUGAUGAAAGAGAUCAUUUGGAGUAUUUAGCAGGUGAUGUUGGUUGGUUUGGUGAUGGUAGCAGAGUUGUUGUAACAACUAGAAAUAGAGAUUUGAUAGGGAAGGAUGCUGCUGCAAUAAAUGAAGUGCCUACACUACGUAAUCUUGAAGAUUUGCGACUGUUCAAUCAGUAUGCUUUCAGAAAAGAAGUUCCAGAUGAGCGUUUUAAGAAUUUCUCGUUGGAGGUAGUACAUCAUGCUAAAGGCUUUCCUUUUCCUUUAACAACCUUCAAGGUGUGGGGUUCUUUGUUGCAUAGGAAAGGCCUAACUCAGUGGAGAAGAACUGUUGACAAAAUAAAGGAAAACUCUAGCUCAGAAAUUGUUGAAAAACUCAAAAUUUGUUAUGAUGGGUUGGAGCCCAUAGAACAACAAAUAUUUCUAGAUAUAGCUUGUUUUUUCCGAGGAGAUGAAAAAAAGAAAGUCAUGCAAAUCCUUAAGAGCUGUGAUUUUGGAGCUGAGUAUGGAUUGGAUGUCCUAAUUGAAAAAUCUCUCGUGUUCUUAACUGAAGAUGAUACAAUUGAAAUGCAUGACUUAAUACAAGAUAUGGGUAAAUAUAUUGUGAAAAUUCAGAAGGAUGCGGGCAAAUGUAGCAGAAUAUGGGACUAUGAAGAUUUUAAAGAAAUGAUGGACAACAAUAAAGGGACCAAGGAAAUGGAAGCAAUCUGGUUUCAUUAUGAUGGGAAAAUAUGCUUUAGCAAAGAGGCCAUGAAAAAUAUGAAAAUACUUAGGAUAUUAUACAUAUGGUCCCAAGAUUGCUCCCCUUGCCAUGAUGGCUCCAUUGAGUACCUGCCCAACAGCUUGCGUUGGUUUGUCUGGAAUCACUUUCCUUGGGAGUCAUUGCCAGAAAAUUUUGAACCCAAAAGGCUUGUUCAUCUUCAACUCCGCUUCAGUUCACUGCGUUAUUUAUGGACGGGAAUAAAGCAUUUUCAGUAUCUACGGACGCUAGAUCUCAGCCGCUCUAGAGACCUGGCGCAAACACCAGAUUUCACGGAGAUGUCAAAUUUGGAGUAUUUGGAUUUGGGCAAUUGUAUUAAUCUUGAAGAGGUUCACCAUUCCCUGGGAUGUCGCACAAAACUCAAGAGGUUGAAUUUGAUAUAUUGUAGACGCCUCAAGAGGUUUCCAUGUGUUAACGUGGAAUCUCUUGAAUAUCUGGAUCUAAAGUUCUGCUCCCGUUUAGAGAAAUUUCCAGAAAUCCGUGGAAGAACGAAGCAGAACUUACAGAUUAAGAUGUGGGACUCUGAGAAAAGGGAACUGCCAUCAUAUAUUGUUCAUGUAAUAAGGGAUCUAGGUUUUAGAGGUUUUGAAAACCUUGCAACACUUCCGAGCAGCAUUUGUAAGUUGAAAAGUUUGGUCAGCCUAAAUGUGUCGGAUUGCUCUAAGCUUAAAAGCUUUCCAGAAGAAAUAGGAGAUUUAGAAAACUUGGAAAAUCUUGAUGCUAGAGGUACUCUAAUUUCACAACCUCCAUCUUCCAUUGUCCAGUUGAAAAAGCUUAAAUUUUUGAGUUUUGCAAAACAAAAUUCUGGAGGAGGUCUCGUAGAUGGAGUGUACUUUAGUUUCCCUGUGGUGUCGGAUGGAUUACACUUGUUGGAGAUUCUGAAUCUCAGUUACUGCAAUCUAAUAGGUCUUCCGGAAGACAUUGGAUCCUUAUCCUCUCUGAACGAGUUAUAUCUCUCUGGAAAUAAUUUUGAGCAUUUGCCUCAAAGCAUAGCCCAACUUGGUGCUCUUCGGUCUUUGGACCUAUCAGAUUGCAAGAAGCUUAAAGAGUUGCCAGGUUUCGAAGGGAUGCAAAACUUGGCGACUUUGAAUCUGUCAAAUUGUAUGAAUCUUGAAGAGGUUCAUCAUUCCCUGAAAUGUCUCGAAAAUCUAUGUACAUUAAAGUUGACUAAUUGUAAAAGGCUCAAGAGGUUUCCAGUUCUGUGCAUUAAUUCCCUUGAAUAUCUGAAUCUAGAGGGGUGCUCUAGUUUAGAAAUGUUUCCAGAAAUCCUCGGAAGCAUGGAUUUGAAGUUAAAGAGUGGGUUAAAGUGCCUAGACUUGAGAGGUUUAGAAAACCUUGUAACACUUCCGAGCAGUAUUUGUAAGUUGAAAAAUUUGGUGGAGCUAAAUGUGUCGGCAUGCUCAAAACUUGAAAGCUUACCAAAAGAGAUAGGUGAUUUAGAGAACUUGGAGUGGCUUGAUGCCAAAAAUACUCUAAUUUUGCAACCUCCGCCUUCCAUUGUCUGUUUGAACAAGCUUCAAUUCUUGCGGUUCGCAAAACAAAAAUCAGAAGUAGGCCUUAAAGAUGGAGUGUACUUUGUUUUCCCUGCGGUGUCUGACGGAUUACGCUUGUUGGAGAUUCUGAAUCUCAGUUACUGCAAUCUAAUAGGUCUUCCGGAAGACAUUGGAUCCUUAUCCUCUCUGAAUGAGUUAUAUCUCUCUGGAAAUAAUUUUGAGCAUUUGCCUCAAAGCAUAGCCCAACUUGGUGCUCUUCGGUCUUUGGACCUAUCAGAUUGCAAGAAGCUUAAAGAGUUGCUAGGUUUCGAAGGGAUGCAAAACUUGGCGACUUUGAAUCUGUCAAAUUGUAUAAAUCUUGAAGAGGUUCAUCAUUCCCUGGGACGUCUCAAAAAACUCUGUACAUUAAAGUUGACUAAUUGUAAAUGUCUCAAGAGGCUUCCAGUUCUGUGCAUCGAUUCCCUUGAAUAUCUGAAUCUAGAGGGGUGCUCUAGUUUAGAAAAUUUUCCGGAAAUCCUUGGAAGCAUGAAUGUGAAGUCGGAUAUUCACAUGUUAGACAGUGUGAUGAGGGAUCUAAAUUCCAUGUAUAUCUCACUUCCACGUUCCUUGUCUCAGGACAUCGUUUCCUUGCUGAAUGACAUCUCUGCUUCAGAUUCCUUGUCACAAAGAGUGUUUACCAUUGUGCAUGAUGAGAAUAAGAUCCCAUGUUGGUUCCACCAUCAAGGAAAGGAUGAAAGUGUAUCGAUCAAUUUGCCUGAAAAUUGGUAUGUAUCGGAUAACUUCUUGGGAUUAGUUGUAUGUUACUCUGGCAACCUAGUUGACACCACAGUUGACUUGAUUCCCUUAUGUGAUGAUGGGAUGACCCAGAAACUAGAAUUAUCCUUCCUUCCAUAUUAUGAUACAGAAUCAUCCGACGAUUCAGAAUGUGAUACUGAACCUACGAUUCAUUUUUUCUUGGUAUCUCUUGCUGGCUUAUGGGAAACAUCUAAGGCAAAUGGAAAAACACCAAAUGACUAUGGGCUUAUUACAUUAUCGUUCUCCGGAGAAACGAAGGAGUUUGGAUUCCGUUUGUUGUAUAAAGAUGAACCAACAGAACAUUGCAUUGGGACACCAUGAUGAAGCCAGUUGCUCCUCUUCUAAGAAACAAAGCUCUUAUUUCUAAUAUUCAUUGGAGCUGUCUUUGAGAAUCUGCAGCAACAACCAGUCUCUUCAGAAACUUUGCAGCUCUC